UUUUUCCUAUUUUUUUUUUUCAGUCAGAAGUAGGCCCUCGUGUUUGUUUACUGAUACAGUCUCUUCAUUUUCUGCAAAGUGGAAGUAUCUUUUAAAGUCCACUUAGGUUGGAAUAUGAAAUUUUAAGUUAUCUUAAGUCUUUACAAAUUUUGUAGGUAAUCAUGGAUCAGGUAAUGCAAUUUGUGGAACCCAGCCGUCAGUUUGUGAAAGACUCCAUACGACUUGUUAAAAGAUGCACCAAGCCUGACAGGAAAGAGUUCCAGAAGAUUGCCAUGGCAACAGCAAUAGGCUUUGCAAUAAUGGGAUUUAUUGGUUUCUUUGUCAAAUUGAUCCAUAUCCCAAUCAACAAUAUAAUUGUAGGUGGCUGAAUAUUCAUCAUGAAGAAGAAGAAGUCAGUUGUGACACCUGCUGCAAAGAUUUCACAGCUUUAAUUUGUUUGAUAUUAAACAAGCUCGGUUUGGGUUUUCAAACACUGUUGUCACCUUAUUUUUCUUUCAAAGUGUAUGUGAUCAUACCUGUCUAUAUUACAGGAUUUUUUUCUUUUUUAGUA